UUUAAACGUUCGUCACUCAUCUAUUCGUAGACUAUACAUAGAAAACAUGCCACCAAAAACUUCAGGAAAAGCUGCCAAAAAAGCCGGUAAGGCUAAGGCCGUCAGAACUGGUGACAAGAAGAGAAGACGUAAACGAAAGGAAAGCUACAGCAUCUACAUCUACAAGGUGUUGAAGCAAGUUCACCCAGACACUGGCAUCUCCAGCAGAGCCAUGGGAAUCAUGAACAGCUUCGUCAACGAUAUCUUCGAACGUAUUGCCGGUGAAGCAUCUCGUCUUGCUCACUACAACAAGAAAUCCACCAUCACCAGCAGGGAAGUCCAAACUGCCGUUCGUCUUUUGCUGCCCGGUGAAUUGGCUAAACAUGCCGUCUCUGAAGGCACCAAGGCUGUCACCAAGUACACCAGCUCCAAGUAAACAUGACGGCGCAAUUUCAAACCAAACGGCUCUUUUCAGAGCCACCAAUAG